AUUAACAGUGGGUACCCAAAAGCAGCGCCCAUCGGAACAUCUGGACAGCACUCCUACUUAAUCUUCUUCAGUUGAUGGUUUUAAACAUUCUGAUUUCAAAGUGGGCAUUCAGUCCCAAUAUGCCAUCUUAAAGCCAUUUUUUCUCUGCUUGGUGAACCUUCUAUCAAUGAUGGCAAUCAAUGUUGACAACCCUUCCGGGGCCGCUUUUGAAGGCUGGCAAAGUCACGUGACUCAUGAACGCAGGCGGCAGGCAGGCAAGGUGUCGCGCGUCUGGGAGCUUGAGCUCCUCGAACGAGAGCUCAUCCUACACGCUCGCAUUCCAUCUACAUCAACACCAACGACUCCGCACAGUUACUGCCACUUCUCUCGGUCAAGCCGAAAGCUAGAGAAGUUCUCCAACCGCACCACACCUUCAUACCCUCGAUCGGUCAAGAUGUCGGGUACGUUGACAUUCUAGCCUCCAGCCGCUUGAAAGGACCAUAGCUAACUAGAAACUGCAAACAGGCAGUGCAGGUUACGAUAGACACAUUACGAUCUUCUCAGAUCAGGGAAGACUGUACCAAGUUGGUAUGCAUGAGUACUGAGAUUUUUGGCCCUCAACAACGACUGUGUCCUGUUCAGCUUCUACAGUCCUUGAGCCCCCUUUGGACCUGGACCUCAGCGUCGCAUCAGAAGUGCCAUGCUGAUAUUAUGGGGAUAGAAUAUGCUUUCAAAGCCAUCACAGCUGCGAAUAUCAUGUCGAUUGGUGUCAGAGGGAAGGAUUGUGCAGUUGUCCUGUCACAAAAGAAGGUUCCAGACAAGCUCAUCGAUCCCUCGUCCGUCUCUCAUAUCUUCCAACUGUCACCCUCAGUGGGCUGUGUCAUGACCGGAUCUAUCGCCGAUGCAAGAGCCUCUGUCCAAAGAGCCAUUGGCGAAGCCGCCGAGUUCAGAUACAAGUUUGGAUACGAAAUGCCCUGCGAUGCCUUAGCCAAACGUAUCGCCAACAUCAGCCAGGUCUAUACUCAAAGGGCUUACAUGCGUCCGUAUGGCGUUGCUACAACAUUGAUCUCAUUGGAUUCCGAGUUAGGCCCGCAACUGUACAAGUGCGACCCGGCGGGAUACUAUACCGGCUACAAGGGUACUGCGUCAGGUCCCAAACAGCAAGAGGCGUUCAAUCAUCUAGAGAAGAAGCUCAAGAACAAGGAUUGUGCAGACGGCAGCUGGGAAGAGGUAGUGGAGCUCGCCAUUACCACCUUGAGCACGGUCCUCAGCGUGGAUUUCAAGAAGGGCGAAUUGGAGAUCGGAAUCGUGGGUGGACCGAGACAGGAUGGGAAGGAAGGUACCGACCCGGGAUUUAGAGCUCUGACAGAAGAGGAGAUCGACGAGAGACUGCAAGCAAUCGCGGAGAAGGAUUGAGUUUCGACAUGACGAUGAUGAUAUCCAGGAAAGCAAUUUAGCGUUCGGCGUCACCGACAGACCGCUGGUUUUCAAACGGCUCUUUGCUACUCUCAAUUGCAAUACCGUGUAUUAGAACAGAAGAAGCAUUGGCGUGAAGCCACAUCUCUUCCACGUUGUGUCAUUAGUCUCAUCACAUUUGGGGAAACCAAAGGCGAAAUGGCCUUUUCUCAUUGGCGGU